UGGGUCAAUUAAAAAGAUAGAUGCGGCUCCAUUCUGUCUUCAGACUUAUCGUCAGUUAACCUCUGUGUGCCCGCUGGUAAAGGCGGGCCCAAAGUGCAAUAUUGCGAUUGAAAAUGAUUGCUACAGUGCUCGCUCUGCUAUGUGUAACAAUACUACUAUUGUACUAUCUUAUAACAAGAAAAUACGAUUAUUGGGAGAAACGAAACAUACCCUACAUCAAACCAGUACUACUUUUUGGAAAUUACGCGUCAUAUAUUCUUCUGCAGCGUUUUAUUGGAUAUGUUAGUCAAUCUUUAUGCCGAAAGUUCCCGAAUGCGCCUUACAUCGGUACCUUUUACGGUACGGAACCAGCUCUUCUCGUACAAGACCCUGAGGUAAUCAAACUCAUCCUUGUCAAGGACUUCUAUUAUUUCAAUGGCAGAGAAAUCACCAACUACACUCACAGGGAACCCAUCACUACCAACAUGUUCUUCACUUACGGAGACAGGUGGAAAGUCAUGAGACAAAACCUGAACCCCCUUUUCUCCUCGGCGAAAAUGAAGAAUAUGUUCUAUCUGAUAGAGAAAUGUGCACGGCAACUAGAAAAGAUGUUUGAUGAGGAAGUAAAGCAGAGUAAUAUAUUGAAAGUGAGAUCUGUAAUGGCGAGGUAUACUAUGGAUUGUAUAGGGUCAUGUGUAUUUGGUAUAGAGACAAAAACAAUGGAGAAAGAUGCAGACAAAAAUCCAUUCACGGUUAUAGGUCACGAUUUGUUUUUGGAGACCAAAAUUGGAGGUCUUAAAAUGAUCGUCCGUUCUAUUUGGCCAGCUGUAUUUUACGGAUUACGUCUGAGAAACUACACUGAGAAUAUAAGUUCUUUCUUUCACAAUCUUCUCACAAAAGUUUUCGCGGGGCGAGACUAUAAACCCACAACAAGGAAUGAUUUCGUUGAUUUACUUCUUAAUUUAUACAAUGAUAAAUAUUUGACUGGCGAUAGCAUAGAGAACAUGAAAGGGGGAAACAAGAAAAUAUCCUUGAAAGUUGACGAUGAGAUGUUAGUAGCCCAGUGUUCUUUGUUCUUUGCCGCUGGCUUCGAAACAUCAUCUACAACAAUACAUUUUACUUUACACGAGCUUGCCAAAAACCCAGAGGCUCAAGCCAAGGCCUUAGAAGAAGUAGAUGAAUAUCUCAGACGCCAUGAUAAUAAAAUAGAAUUCGAUUGUAUAAACGAAAUGCCAUAUAUUGAAGCCUGUAUUGAUGAGGUGUUGCGUCUUUAUCCUGUGUUGAGUCUAUUAACGAGAGAAGUUCACAAGGAAUAUAAACUGCCAUGUGGUGCAGUUCUGGACAAGGGCGUGAGAGUCCACUUACCUGUCUACCACAUACAACGCCAUCCAGAUUUCUUCCCAGAUCCUGACCAAUUCCGACCAGAACGUUUCCUUGGCGAGGAGAAGCGCAAUAUAAAACAGUACAGCUAUUUUCCAUUCGGCGAAGGACCAAGGAUUUGUAUCGGGAUGCGUUUCUCCAAAAUGCAAAUGCUGCCAGGGAUAAUGACAGUGCUGAAGAAGUACAGGGUGGAACUCGUGGACCCAGCAGUAGACCUGGACUUCUUCGCAACGACCAUGGUCAUCACUCCGAAGAAGGAGAUCAGGCUGAAGUUUCUGGAGCGGGAAGGGUGGGAGCAGCGCAUGUAUUAAAUAAAAAAUCACUGUUAUAUAUAAACGAUUCAUUCAACUUCUUGAUGUAAGUAUGAAAAUACAAUACACAGAAUUUAUUUCAUUCAUUAAAACUGUGUCUAUAUAUACUAUCUCGACGACCUCGACGGCGCAGUGGUAAAGUGCUUGCCUCUGAACCGAGAGGUCCCGGGUUCGACCCCCAGUCGGGUCAUGAUGGAAAAUGAUCUUUUUCUGAUUGGCCCGAGUUCUGGAUGUUUAUCUAUGUAUGUAUUUGUUAUAAAAUAUAGUAUUGUUGAGCUAGUAGUAGUUGUAUAGACACAGUUUUAUCGAUGUCUAGUUGUUAACGCGGUUUCGAGAAUCACAAUGUUCGAUAUUGUAACUUCUAAUUCCAUAGAAAAUCUCCAAACAAACAAUUAUUUAAACUCAUCAAUUUCAUAUGUUAUAAAUAUAAUAGAAUACAAAAUGGUGAGCCCUUGUAAGCCCUUAAAAACAAAUGGGAAUUCAUAAUAUGUUCAAGGACACUUAAGAGAAUUUUGAACCAAACGCAGAAAAUCAUAUCGUUGAAAAAUACUCGUACAAAAUUAAGCUAUCAAAUCUCAACUCAUAUUCAUCAUUUACUUUUGCUAUCAUCGCCAACUCAUUGAUUUUUUUUCUUUCUUUUGUUGCAUUAAAAUCCUUAUAAAGAUACAA